AUGAUGAGUUUUUCUGAGUUGCCAAAUUUCUUCUGGGGCUAUGCCCUGGAAACAGCUGCCUACAUUCUGAACUUAGUUCUUUCUAAGUUAGUACCAACUACUUCUACUGAAUUAUGGACAAGGAGAAAGCCCAGCUUGGCCCAUGUGCUGGUAGGGAACACUGGGAAGUUGGAAUCAAGAACAGAAAGUGGGAGGGUAACUAGAUUACCUAGUCGGUAUGCUCUAUUGGGUGAAGUGUAUGAAAUGAUCCCAACUGAACAAGAUACUGAUCCUAGUAACUAUAAAGAAGCUCUCCAAGAUAAAGAUGCAAUAUCUUGGAAGAAAGCUAUGAAAUCUGAGAUGGAGUCCAUGUACUCAAAUCAAGUUUGGGAACUUGUAGAACCACCGAAUGGUGUAAAACCCAUUGGUUGCAAGUGGAUCUACAAGAGAAACAAGGGGGUGGAUGGGAAGGUUGAAACCUUCAAAGCUAGGCUUGUUGCGAAAGGGUACACUCAGAAAGAAGGGAUCGAUUAUGAGGAAACCUUUUCGUCGAUAGCAAUGCUUAAAUCUAUCCGGAUACUUGCAAAUUCAAAGGAACCGAGGGCUCCUUCAAAAGGAAAACAUAUUGAACACAAGUAUCACUUGAUACGAGAGAUCGUACAGAGAGGUGACGUCGUAGUGACGAAGAUAGCAUCAAAGGAUAACCUGGCAGAUCCGUUCACCGAGUGCUUACCAACAAAACAAUUUGAGGGACACUUGGAGGGCCUGGCAAUAAGAUGUGUAUCAUCAUGGCCUUAA